UUUACGAUCGUAUGACCUGGAAGUGAAUGGUUACAGAGAGCGGAAGUAAGGAACUGAAUUUUAAAAGAAUUCGCCUGCUCAGGUAUUUAGAGUCUUUGGCCUGGCUUGAGCAGACAUGACUUCUCUGGGUUCCAGUAGUCAGUCUGUUACUGAAUAUGUUGUCCGUGUCCCAAGGAACCCAAAUAAGAGAUACAAUCUCAUGGCUUUUAAUGCUGCGGAUAAAGUUGAUUUUUCAGCGUGGAAUCAGGCCCGCAUGGAACAUGACCUGAGUGCUAAAAAGAUGUACCAAGACGAGGAAAUGCCAGACGCUGGGGCUGGCAGUGAGUUUAACCGCAAACAAAGAGAGGAAUCCAGGAGAAAAAAAUACGGCAUUAUUCUGAAAGAAUUCAAGAUUGAGGAUCAGCCGUGGAUGCUGAGAGUGAACGGGAAGGCGGGACGCAAAUAUAAAGGUGUGAAGAAAGGUGGGGUGACAGAGAAUGCCUCCUACUAUAUCUUCACACAAUGCGCAGACGGGGCAUUUGAAGCUUUUCCAGUCUCAAACUGGUACAAUUUCACCCCAGUUGCCAAGCACCGCACUUUAACCGCUGAAGAAGCUGAAGAAGAGUGGGAAAGACGUAACAAAAUUCUCAACCACUUCACGAUUAUGCAGCAACGUCGUCUAAAAGACCAGGGUGGAGGAGAUGAUGACGAGGAAGAGGGUGGUGGCAAAUCUGAGAAGGGAGCGAAAAACAAGAAAAAGAAGAAAAGUGAUCUCAAAAUUCAUGACCUUGAGGAUGAUCUUGAAAUGAGCUCCACUGAAAGCGAGGAGAGUGGAGAGGAGGGAGAGGGCAAGACAAAGCAACAGAAAAAGGCUCCUGCCCGAGGAGGAAAAAAAAAGAAGAAGAAACAAUCUGAUGAUGAGGCUUUUGAAGACAGUGACGAUGGUGACUUUGAGGGACAAGAAGUUGAUUAUAUGUCUGAUGAGAGCAGUAGCUCAGCUGACGAGUUACCUGGGAAACCUAAACCUACCAAAGAGGAGGAUGUUCCUAAAGGAAUAGAUGAGGGAAGUGAGAGCAGUGAGGAGAGUGAGGAGGAGAAGGUGGAAGAAGAGGAGGAUGAGGAGAAGAAGGUCCCAACUCCACAGGAGAAGAAGAGAAAGAGAGACAGUAGUGAUGAGUCAGACACUUCAGAGGACAGCGAUAUAGACAAGGAAGCGUCUUCUGCUCUCUUCAUGCAGAAAAAGAAGACUCCUCCUAAGAAGGAAAAGAAAGGAGGCUCCAAUUGCAGCUCUCGGGGAAACAGCCGGCCUGGAACCCCCACUCCGGAUGCUGGGAACACAUCUAACACAUUAAAAGCAGCCGCAAGCAAACUAGAACAAGGUAAACGUGGAGCACUCCCCAGCACGCCAGCUGCAAAACGUUUAAAGAUGGACUCUGGACCCCAGACAACAUCUGGCAAAUCUACUCCUCAACCACAAUCUGGAAAGUCCACCCCAAGCAGCGGGGACAUCCAGUUAACAGAGGAGGCUGUGCGCCGAUAUCUCACUCGCAAGCCGAUGACUACUAAAGAUCUUCUUAAAAAGUUCCAGACCAAGAAAACGGGUCUGAGUAGUGAACAGACGGUGAAUGUGCUAGCGCAGAUCCUGAAGAGACUCAACCCUGACCGGAAGAUUGUGCACGACAAAAUGCAUUUUUACCUAAAGGAAUAGCCAACCAUGUGUGAGUGUAUUUGUGUGUGUGUGAUAUACACUGUGUCCUGCCAAUAUAGCAACAUACAUGGAAACUAUUCCACAAUAUCAAAUUAUAUAGAGACAAUGCAUGGAAUAAAAAAUCAUUUGUAAAUGCUUUGUCCUAAGUAUUGAGUAAAUUCUGACUUUAUAAUAUUGUGGUGGGUUAAUAUGUAUGUUGAUAUAUGCCCAAUGUGUAAUUAUUGGUUUUCUUAUGUUGCAAACACUUACACACUUGACCACAUUGCAGUGCUAAAAAACCCCAUAAUAAUCUCCCUUAAAAGGACAGUAAAGUCAAAUUUAAAUUUGAAUGAUUUAAAUAGAGCAUGGAAUUUAAAGUAACUUUCCAGUGUACUUCCGUUAUCAAAUUUGCUUCAUUCUCUUGGUAUUCUUUGUUGAAUAGUAAAUCUAGGUAAACUCAGGAGCAGCAAUGCACUACUGGAAGUUAGCUGAACACUUCAGGUGAGCUAACCACACGAAGCAUCUAUGUACAGCCACCAAUCGCCACCAAGCUACCGGUAAUUUGUUGCUGCUUCUGAGCCUACCCAGUUAUGCCCUUCAUCAAGGGACACCAAGAGAACAAACUAAAUUUCAUAACAGAAGUGUUCUGGAACGAUGUUUAAAAUGACAUGUCCCAUCUGAACCAGGAUAUUUUACUGUCCCUUUUAACCAAAUGCAAAUUCACUCAAUGGGCCUUUUCACAGUAAGGCAAGGUUACUUGCCAGUGGAGUGAAUCAGUCUACUACAGUGAUGUCGAACCUUGGCACAACUCCAGAUGUUUCAGAACUACAUUUCCCAAGAUGCUUAGGCACUCUGAACUCCAGUCGAGCAUCAUGGGAAAUGUAGUUCUGAAACAUCUGGAGUGCCAAGGUUAGCUAUCACUGGUGUACUACAUUGCUCACAGGCACUAAUUACCCCAUCCAAGGGGUUGGUUAAAUCGCCUUGUUUAACUUGACAAAAACACCUGCACAAUAAAUUUCCAUGGUUUACAGUGGGCACAGUUUAAUGGAGGAUAUGUAGUUUGCCUGGCACAGUGUGCAUGUUGAGAGACAAAUGUGUGACUGGUAGUGUAAUGUGGCAGUGGGGGUUAUUUUUGUACAGUAUUAGAAACAAAAUACCUGUAUAGUAAGUGUGAUAAUAAAACAUUUUUUUUUUUACUA